UCCGGAAAGAGCACAAAAAACAAAAAAAAACAUUCACACACGAGAGAGAGAGAGAGAGAGAAAAAAAGAGAAAAGUCUUCUCAAACCCCCUCAGCGACUUGCGGGAUAAAACACACCGAAUUGUGUCGCUCCUUUUCUCUCUUCUCCUCCUCCCUCUUGCUCUUCUUCUGCAGGAAAAGCGGAGUGAAGCGAAGUUUCCUCUCCGGCGGCGACUCUCUGAAGUGUUCGCUUUUUUUUUUACUGCCUCGUGCUCUUGAGCUAAAAAAAAAAAAAAAAACUUUAAAAAAAACAUGGGAUUUACGUGUUAGUCUUUUCAAUGAAAACGCGCCCCGGUUGGAAACUUGUCUCGAUGGAUUUUACCGACUGCUCUCCGGACUGAGAAGAGAGGAAUAAACUCACCCGAGAAUUGGAUUUAUUUCACCUAAACGGGGGCUAAAGUGUCGAAAGCACGGACUUCAGAUGUGUCCCAUGCCAGCCAGAGUGACCCUUCAGGCCCGAGAUGGAUUCCACAAGUCAGAACGACAGCGACGGGGGAGGAGGACGCCACGGGCGGUUGCCGCAGCCGGCCGGCUCGUCGCAUGACGAAGGGAGACCGCAACCACGGUCUACGCUGGACGGUCCACCGGAUCCCGGGUCGACCGCCAGGCAGCUGGCCCAUACUCCAGCGGUGCUAUCUCUGGACCAGAUCAGGAUAAGCGGGAGCAGCAAUGAGUACACGGAAGGGCCCACAGUCGCCCAAAGGUCUCCGGCGGCUCCGUACCGGCAACAGAAGAGUGACUUGGUUCCGCCACCGGGUUCUAGGACCGGCGGGCAUCACGAGACUCCAGAAGAGGGUCCGAACAACCUCCGUAACCUGAAUUCAUUGACUCCAUAUGGGAACACGAGUACUUCCAUCUCCUCCAGGGAGGGCGCGGCGCGGUCACCCGGCGCCGAAGACCCCCAGAGCGGCGGCACCAGGACCGGCGCGGGGAGCGCUUCCUCGGGCCAGAGGCUCGCCGGCGGCAGCCAGAUAAUCAGAACCCAGCCGAAACGGGCGGAGCUAAGCUCGGAAGAGCUGAAGCCCCUGAACCGCGAGUCCAGGGCCGUGUCGGCCGCGCCCGGCAGCGGGAGCCACAGGACCCCCGGCGGACACGGCGACAAGUGCGAAGGCUGCGGCCGCUGCCGCUGCCCGGAGUGCAGCCGCCCGCGGGUGCUGCCGUCCUGCUGGACGUGCGGCCGGCGCUGCGUGUGCUCGGUGCAGAGCGCGGUGGAGUACGGCACGUGCGUCUGCUGCGUCAAGGGCCUCUUCUACCACUGCUCCAGCGACGAUGAGGACACGUGCGCCGACAAGCCGUUCUCGUGCGCGCAGUCGCACUGCUGCGUCCGCUGGGCCGCCGUGUCGCUGCUCGCCCUGCUCUUCCCCUGCCUCCUGUGCUACCUGCCGGCUAAAGGGUGCGUCGCCGCCUGCCAGAGCUGCUACGACCGAGUCGCGAGGCCCGGCUGCCGGUGCGAGGGCGCGAGCCCGGGCCGCCGCGAGGACGCCGGCAAGCUGACGUAGACGAGGCGGCGGUGGACGUUGAAGGCGCCGGAGGGAUGGGAAGACUCCCCGGGGAUCGGAAGACUCCACGGUGACCGGAAGACUCCACGGUGACCGGAAGACUCCCCGGUGACCGGAAGAUUCUACGGGGACCGGAAGACUCCUCGGUGACCGGAAGACUCCCCGGUGACCGGAAGAUUCUACGGGGACCGGAAGACUCCUCGGGGACCGGAAGACUCCCCGGUGACCGCAAGACUCCCCGGGGACCGGAAGACUCAACGGGGACCGGAAGACUCCUCGGUGACCGGAAGACUCCCCGGGUAUCGGAAGAUUCCCCGGGGACCGGAAGACUCCCCGGGGACCGGAAGACUCCACGGUGACCGGAAGACUCCCCGGGGACCGGAAGACUCCACGGUGACCGGAAGACUCCACGGUGACCGGAAGACUCCUCGGUUACCGGAAGACUCCCCGGGGAUCGGAAGAUUCUACGGGGACCGGAAGACUCCACGGUGACCGGAAGACUCCACGGUGACCGGAAGACUCCUCGGUGACCGGAAGACUCCCCGGGGAUCGGAAGACUCCUCGGUGACCGGAAGACUCCCCGGGGAUCGGAAGAUUCUACGGUGACCGGAAGACUCCUCGGUGACCGGAAGACUCCUCGGGGAUCGGAAGACUCCACGGUGACCGGAAGACUCCCCGGGGAUCGGAAGACUCCCCGGUGACCGGAAGACUCCACGGUGACCGGAAGACUCCCCGGUGACCGGAAGACUCCCCGGUGACCGGAAGACUCCCCGGGGAUCGGAAGACUCCCCGGGGAUCGGAAGACUCCUCGGUGACCGGAAGACUCCCCGGGGAUCGGAAGACUCCUCGGUGACCGGAAGACUCCCCGGGGAUCGGAAGACUCCCCGGUGACCGAAACUGAGAGACGGCCCUGUAGUUGUGUAGUUGUUGGUUCUAUUAGAUCGCUAAUGAUGCGGAGACGCCGUCCCCGUUUGCCUUCAGGCUGGCUGAACCACAGAAGGAGGUGCGGUCACUUCACACUCGCGUUACCCGCUUCAGUUGGACGGUAAACCAAAAUUAGCGCUUCGCGUGCCUCAAAGUAUGAAGACACAUUCAAUUCUGGUUCGCUCCCGACCAAUAACGCUCCUCACUCACCCAGAGAUCGUGCUGUAGCCUCGAGUCCAAAUGGAUAGCCUUCUCUUUUCUUUUUUGUUUAACCUUUAAUACAACUUAUAUGCUAAGAACAGACUCCUAUUACUAACUAUAUGUAAAGUAGUGAAUGCAAAGUGUAUGUACAUUAGAAAAUGAGUUUGACAGAUGUUUUAUUUUUGUACAUAUAAUAAUACUUCAACUGUGAAAAGUGUUGCUGCCGUCCCAGAGGCGCCUCGAUGAAUCCACGUUCAUAUGAAUCAGUCGACUUCAUUCACACGAUACUUUUGUACAUUCAGUCGAAUGUAUAUCAAUCAUUUCAUGUCAUUUACAAAGAAAAAAAUCUUAUCCCUUCUGCUUGUAAAUUGUACAGUGAACCAUAUAUGAUAAAUUUAUUUUCUAAUUCCAGCAUUGCUUAGUGUAAAGUUAAAAAAAAUAUAUAUUUAUUUGAAGGUUUAUUAUUUUAUAAUGAAAAACAUAUUUAUUUUGAGGAAGCAUUGUUCAUGCGUCACCUCCUGCGGGGGGGGGGGGGCGACCUGUAGGAGUGUCACAGCUGGAUGAAUAGUUCACUAUGAAUUAGAAAAACAACUAUAUUAACGUUUGAAAUUAAACAACCUUGAAGUCUGA